AUGGCAGAACCGACAGAACCCAAACCUGGCGAAAUCGCCGAUAUGGCGAAUUCGAAUGCGCCGGUCCCCCAACCUUCACCGCAGACGGAGCAACCGCCAGAACAAAGAGACCCGUCAGUGCCAGAGUCGAAUCACAACCUAGUCCAGACCAAUGAGCCUCAAUCUGCGCCUCAACCGGAGCUUCAUUCGCAGCCCCAAAUUGAGCCGCAAUCACAGCCUUCACAUGAGCCCCAACCGGAGCCCCAGCAUGAAACCCCGCAAGAGCUUCAAACCCAACCACCACAACCGACUACAGAAACAAAUGAGCAAUCAAGCGUCCCAAACCCACCGGAGCAAAUGAAUGAAUCUACGCCCAUGCCACAUACCGCCCCGCCCUCCAUCGAAUCUACACUUCCACCCAUAGACCAUUCCCUUCCUGCAAUGGAUACUUCCCAGUCAUUAAUGGAUGCCGGUUUGACCUCGUUCGAUUCAGCAUUUCAAUCAGUGGGCUCUGGCGCGGAGCACGACUUGACGCUUCCGGCAAUUGACACCAACCUGCCCACAUUUGACUCUGCGUUGCCAGCGAUCGGGACCGAUAUUCCUACCAUGGACGAUGAUCAUACGUUCCCAGACGACCAUUUUAACACACAUGACUCUCACUCUGGGUCUGUUGAACCUGGGGCCAGCGGGCCAGGGUCUAUGAAUGGAUCGACACCAUACGAUGCGCCCAACGGUUACCAGUAUGGGCAUAAUCCAGGUACCCCCCAGCAGUCGGACGGACAUCAUCCACCACCUCAAGCGCACUCUCAGCAUCAAUUCCAAGCGCAGCCCCAGCCGCAACAGAAUUACCAGCACCAAGGCUCGGAUAUGUACUCCGGCUUCUCGUCAGUGAAUUCAAACCCCGGGAACAACGGACAAGGUCAACCGGGACAGAUGCCACAAGCACCAAUUGGAUCGCCUAUGCCUCCCAUGUCAUCCAUGGGCCAGUAUAUGACUGGGUAUCCAUCUAAUGUCUCACAGCAGGGUAUGAAUUCGAACAUGCAGAUGCGCUACCCACUUGCAGGGGAUUCUAAUAAUUCACUCUCAGGAGGACGACACAAAAAAGAAGUCAAACGACGCACAAAAACCGGUUGCUUGACUUGUCGUAAACGAAGAAUCAAGUGUGACGAGGGACAUCCGGUCUGCCGAAACUGCGUGAAAAGUAAACGCGAGUGUUUAGGUUACGACCCGGUCUUUCGGCCUACAGCGUCAGCCCCCUCGGCCAUUCAACCUGCUCCAAACCCUCCUCCGUCUUUGGUUGUGAAUCCUCAAGGGCCCCCUGUCGCAGCUGCGCCUUUGUAUCCAUCUGCACCUCCUGGGUACAUGCCCGCUUCUUCACAACCAUUUGCGCCAUCCCUUCACUCCGAAUCACCUAGCACCUCAACCGAUCACCAAACCGAUCACAGAGCUUCUGUUGAUACAUCAAUUGCACCACCCCACACACAACAAGCUCCUACCACAAUGCAGGCCUCACAUGAACCCCGUCCCCAGAGUUCAGAGCCCGUCUACAAAGCGAAAAACCUUCAUGUCAGUGACUUGAUCGCUUUGAGAGGCAUUGCCCCUCCCCCACCUCAUCCCAUUGGCAACCUACCUCCUGGCCGGCUUGAAGAAAUCCAGGCCGUCUUCCUGGCGACGUACGCACCUGCUAUCGAUAAGCUGCUGGAGGUUCGAUGGUAUACCGAGAAGGCCCUCCAGGUUCUUAUGGCAGACAACCAACUCAUGGCCGACUACUCUGCAUUGAUAAAUGCAUUCAACGACUGGAAUCUCAGCGAUCCCAACACUCUUGCUCGCUUGGAAAGCUUCGAAGCUUCGAUCAUCUGGAGAAGUAUGGUGCUCUGCCGUCAAGUACCCGCAGCUGAAAAUGGGCAAUAUGGGCAAGACUGGAAUUUGUGUGCCACUUCUGCACGUCUGGACGCCAUGGAAGCUCUUCUGAGCUGGAACUACCUGGAUUCAAACCAUUUAUCUCGGACACUUGGAAUGGAUGCCGCCAGCCCACCCAACCAGCCUGACCAAUUCAUGCAGCGUCAAUUGGACUUCUGGAGCGAGCUCGGGGAAUUUCUCACACUACACGACAAUGAAGCUAGCUCGGCGAAGCAGAUUGAUGAUACCCUUGGACGUUGCCGUCAUCUACUCGAUACCUACGAAAACCGAGACAUCAUUUACUCCAUUGCCAUUGCGCGACACCUGGGUCAGCGCUGGGCCGAUUUCCCUAACAGCCUGCCCAAGGUUGGGUACACCAAUGAGAAAGAAUCCGGUACCAAGCUCUUCGUCGCGCAGAAGUUCAUCGAGGAAGAAGCCGAGGGCAAGGGUACCACCCAGAUCUACAAGCGCAUUUGCUGCAUGGCAGUUCGCUCAUGGUGGGUUGCUCGGGAGUGAUUGACUUUCCUGACGUUACCAAUGCCGAAACUCGUCAGUGAAUUUCAAAUGCCCCUCCUUUCCUCCCAGGCCUAUUGUACAUCCUUACCCUGGGAGGACUUGUACACCUGCGCUCAGAUCCACAAAUCCGCGGAUCAUUACAACUUUGCUCAAAAUUUCAGAAAAGCAUCAUGGUUCCGGCGUUACGAUGAUUUACAAAUGGUUGCUGCUUUUUUCGUUUCGUCUUUUUUUUUUUUUUUGUUUCCACUGGGGUUCGGGGGACCGGGUAGUGAGCGAGUGAAGCAAUACGGCGUUUAUGACCUUUCUUUUUCCCCCGAAGUUUUUUUUACCUUGUUCCUGUGCAUAUGUCGCUUCUUAUUCGUGCGGGAGUUUCCAUACCCUGUGACGCCCAACUGUAUCCAGUUGGAUGAUUUACGUUUACCAGUCGAUAGUCAAAAUUUUUACAAAUAGACCCAAUAUCUCUGUUCA